UAAAAGGGAAAGUCACAAUAAUAAUAACGGAAGAGAUAAGAGAAGAGGGGUAUCAGGGAAACCCGCAAGCCUCUUCCUCAAAACCGUCUAACAUUUGCUUUGUCUCUAGCGAACUUGAAAACCACGUCAAAUUGGGUUUCCUUUACUUCUCUCUCUCUCUCUUCAUCUCUUCCUCCACAGAGAUUAAAAAAAAAAAACGGGAAAGUAAUAAUAUUGUUAUUAAUUUUGAAUACCCGGAAAUCUCAUAAAUUUCCACCAAAUAAUCGACCAUCCUGCAAUCUUUAGCUCAGAAAGAGAGAUAGAGAAGGGGAUACCAAUCUUUCAAAGGAUCCAAGAAUUUUCAGCUUGAGUGUUGAGGAUGAAGAGAAAGAAUCCUAGUGGUGGUGUAGACCGGAAAGGGAGUGGCCCCGUGGAUCUUGAUAGGGCGCCUGGCCAUGCCAUUGGGCUGCGACCCACCUCGCCUGCUACAAAUUUGAUUCCUCGCAAUUCAGUCAAACUCGUUGAGGUUGAAACCUUGGAAAAGAAGACGGUGGGUGAGCCUACUGCCCCGAUGGGACGAACGGACAGGGAUGAUCAGCUGAAGAUGUUCAGGAAGUGUACUGACAAUCAUAACUAUGGCAAUGAGAGUAACUUUUCAAGGACAAAGUGUUACAAGAGGCGCUGCUCCAGGCAGAUGAUGACAACCAAUAUGAAAUUUGACCAGGCAGGUGGCCAUGUCCUUGUCCAGAAGCUUGCUGAUUUUCAGGAACCAUGUAAUGAUUCUUUUUCAUUUAGGAUGAUAAAGAGAAAGGGCAGUCAUGUCACCCCACCACAUGCAGAAGCAGAUAAAGUGCGUGAGCCCAAAGAGAAGGUAUGGGGACAGUUUUCAGAGAGGUUGUUGAAAAAGGUGGAUGCAGUUGCUUUUCCUCAUAGAAUGAUGGGUGAACAGUGCAUACAUUCCUCCUUUAGGGACAGAACCACUGGAAAUUUUGAAAUGAAUGUUGAAGAUCAGCAACCAGUCAUUGACACCAGAUGGCUAUCUUCAAGAAAUGUAGAUUUUAAUGGAGCUGAAAGUGCUGCUUGCUCUGUCGGUAGCUGUUCUACUAGCAAACCCUGCAACAGUCUACGUCAACAAUGCAAAACAUACCGCAGCAAAGAUAUUGAUGGCUGUUUUGAUGAUGCACAGUCUUCAUGUGCUUUGGGAUAUGGGAAAGAAUGCCCCUCUGCCACCAAAGAAGAGCUGGCUGCAAAAAUCCAUAAGUUAGAGUUGCAUGCCUACCGUUCCACCAUGGAGGCUCUGUAUGCUUCUGGUCCCUUAAGCUGGGAGCAGGAAGCAUUGAUGACAAACCUCCGGCUUAAUCUUCAUAUUUCAAAUGAGGAGCAUUUGCUUGAAUUGAGGCAACUAGUUUCUUCAUAAAGUUUUUGAUAACCUUCCUAAUAAUUUUGUAUUGAUCAUCUCCGGUUAUAAAAUUCCCUGUAGGUUCUGUUUUAUCAUGUAAAUUUUCAUGUUAGCAACUGAAAUGAGAGAAGAAACUUUUAGGUCUUUUUUUUGGAAUUCCUAUAUGCAAAUGGCACAGCUAGUUAGCUACUUUGGCUUAUUAAUUUGUAUGCCAUAAACUCUUGAAUGCAACAAAGUAUGCAAUCAAGGUUUCAUUGUCUAAGACAUUUUUUUUAUGUAGAUUUUUUUUCAUUGGUUGGACCCAUGAAAGAAAUGCCAUUACCAUGUUUUAUUUCACAUAAAUGGACCACAAGUUAAGAACUUGACUGGCUGGGUGGUUCAAAAGCCCUAUAAACCAUGUCACCGAGGGUUAUGGGUCUACAUUUAUUCACCAUGAUGUUCUGGAGGGGUGUUUGCUUGUGGAAGCCAUCAUUGUACCAUUUUCUCUUCUUUUAGUUGCUUUGCAGUUCUCUUCUUUAAUUGUUUUUGUAUGAAACUUUGGUGAGUCUGUAACUUGUCUAAAUACCUUUAUGUAGAGAAAUCAAUCCUGUUCAGGAGUGAUGUUCGAAUGUCCUUCUGUAUGAAAUAUUAAUCUUCCUUCUUCUCCAUUUCCAGGUCUGAAGUUUGAUGCUUAUGUCCUUGCUUCCGAUACCCUGAUGAUAAUGGUAGUGACUUGCUACUUUUUUACAAUCUAUAAGAAGUCUGUUGUCUCUAUAGCCAAUUGCUAAAUAAAGGAAUAACAUAUAAAUACUUGAUAAGGGGUCAUCCCUCUAGGUGGCUUUCAUUUUCAGGUUGGCUUUGAUCGA